CGCACGUGAUCUCGCGCUUAAGUUCGCGUUGUCCUGCCAAUCUUAAGGCUUGCACGUCAUGCAUUUGGUCCCUUCCAGCCUUCCCAUUAGAGCCACCCAACCUAGUCGCUGACCCUGUGCCUGUGUUCAAUAAACGACCUCACAUUUCGAUCAUCAUCACUCACCAUAAAGCAUCCGUUCUCUCAACGUUAACCGUUAAGCUUGCAACUUGUUUUACUCUUCAGCCCCAGCCAGCGCCUGUUUACAGCUCUAUAGAUUUCACUUACAAUUCAUCAAGCGUCAUCCUCAGCAUUCAGCAGCGCCAUCUCGUUUUAGGAGCUGAGCCCACUAUGCCCACAACUCGACGAUCCGCUGCCAGCACUCGCAGCAGGGGCCCGCCAGCCAAGGGACAGUCUACUCUGAGUUUCUCAAACAAAGUCACCAAACCAGUACCCAAAAGCGCCAAGAAGUCUGCCAUCUCUGCUUCUAUCACAAAGCUCGACCCCAGCCAGCAUGCUACACAGCGUGAAGUUGAAGAUAUUGUUGUCAACGACCAUGAGUCCAUAGAAGUUGAUAAGGAAGAAGAAGUUGAGGCAGCGACAGAGACUGAGGUAGUCCCAGAACCUGCGAAGUCUGAAUUGGAGCUGCAAGCAGAGAAAGUCACAGACGCACAGAUCAAGAAGUACUGGAAGUCCAUUGAAGACCAAUGGACUACGCCGCGAUUGCACCAGCAAGGUGUAUCUUUGAGUGAGAAGGUUCUUCGGUAUUUCGAUGUCAGCUCACAAUAUGGUCCCUGUAUAGGCAUGCCUCGCAUCAAGCGUUGGAAACGAGCUGAACGUCUGGGUCUCAACCCUCCGGUUGAAGUCCUCGCUGUUCUUCUCAAGGAAGAAAGCAAGGGUAACGAUAAAGUCGAAACGGCUCACAUGGAUGAGAUCCUCAAUUCAACUGCUGUAGGGGCCUGAAAUGUCUCCGCCUGUUAUUUGGUCACCAGAGGCUGUUUACGGAGUAAGGUGUUUGAGGGAAUGAUAUUCAGGUGCCGGUGUGGCUUUAUUUGCUGUCUCAAUUAUUCGAUAAGCGCAUAAAGCCCGCCGAAUAAGAAAUCUAUGAUCUAAACUUGGCUCUCAAAACACACAAAAAAUCUAGAGGGAACAGGCCUCGCGGCCUCCAUCUAGUACCAAAUACUCCUUGUCCGAUGAUGCGGAAUGGGCUCCUUACCCGCCGCUUCUAGUUCCUUCAUACUGUCAUAGAGGAAAAAGUCUAUUAGGAUGGCGUUGACAUGAGCGUCAGGGUGUUGACGCAGAAUCUCUCGUCGAAUCAGCUCAACACACCAGAUACUGCAAGCUAAUUUGUUCAGUAAAAGAAUAAGACUGCAGUUUGAACGACUUACCUCGUAUUUGUAGCUCCCA